UGUUCGACAAAAACUCACUUUUUUGUUGUUUGUUCCCCUUACAACCACGAUUAUCAUCAUUGCAUCAUUCAGAAAUGAAAUAAGACAUUUCUACCAUUCUAGGGCGAUGUCUACGCACUCAAACAUGUCUAAAGAUGCUACUUCAACUGCGAAUGGAAGUUUUCCUGAUAAGCAAAGUAUAAGACCAACGAGAAUUGCAUCUAGGGCGAUGUCUAUACACUCAAAGAUGCCUAAAGAUGCUAAUGCAACUGCGAAUGCAACUUUUCAUGGUAAGCAAAGUAUAAGACCAAAGAGAAUUUUAUUCUAUACGGCGUGGUUUGGUAUGAGUCCAUGGCCUAACGUUGACGAAGCUCUUAGGCAGCCAUGUUCUCACAAAUGCUUGACAACUCACAACAAGAAGGAGUUGCACUUGAGCGAUGCAGUCGUCUUUCAUGAARBAGACCUCAGCUACGAUCAGUUAAAGCGAGUAAGUCGAAGUCCACACCAGAGAUGGGUCUAUUAUGCGCAUGAAUCUCCACAACUGAGUCGCACUGAUGCCACUGUAUAUAACGGACUUUUCAAUUGGACUUGUACUUACAAAUUUGACUCGGAUAUAGUUCACCAUUAUGGAUAUUACAGCGCUUUAGAAUUAAAAAGAAACAAUAAUAAUAACAUCAACUAUGCCAAGGGAAAGGACAAGCUCAUCGCUUGGGCAGUGAGCCACUGUGGAGCUGGUGUUAGGGAUAAAAUUGUUCAUAAGAUCUUGCAGUUUYUUAAUGUUACUGUUAUAGGGAAAUGCAGCCAUYUAUUCAAUCAAGUAAGUCCAGAAGUUUGCAAAAGAGGAUCAACAAAAUGUGGGCCUUAUWUGAAAAGAUUCAAGUUCUACCUUUCCUUUGAAAAUGCACUGUGUAUCGACUACGUAACUGAAAAAUAUUGGAGGACUCCAUUUGAAAACAACAUGAUYCCCAUAGUUUUAGGAGGGUCUAAUUAUGAUGACGCUAAGGUGGCUAUUCCUGGAUCCUAUAUUAACAUCCUGGAUUUCCCGAGUAUCAGAGCUUUCUCUGAUUACAUCAAGUACUUGGAUAAAAAUGACACUGCUUACAACGAAUAUUUUAGCUGGAAGACAAAGUUCAAGUUGGAUAGGGUUGCGACAGAUCGGUGGCUGUGUAGACUAUGUGUUAAUCUUUAUAAUGAUUCGCUUCCAAGGAAA